AGCAAAGCACGUCACCGUUUCUCUCCAGAAAACGCAGUAUGCGUAGUGUGCACUUUCUGCUUCUUCCCUAAAAUAGUAACUAACACAAAAUCCUCCCUCAUCUUCGAAUAUUUAUUUUAUUCUUUUCACAAUUCUCUCCAUUUCUCUGUUGUUUUCUCGUUUGAUUUCCAUUCUCACUGGAACCGACUGCUCAUCUCCAUGCAUCAAACCCAAAUUUAGGGCAAGAUUAUUGCAGUCGGUUACGAAAACCCUUACGAAGAUGUAAUUUCAGGGGGGUGGUUAUCAGAGUUUGAUUAGGAAUUGAAGCAUCUAAUUUUUAAAAAUUUUCAGUUUAUUGUUUCAAUCGUGGUUCAAGGGUUGAGGCCUGAGGGGAAAUUUCACACAUGAAGGAUCCGUCUGAUCGAACGAAAGUGGUGCUUCGGCACUUGCCCCCGGCGCUGUCCCAGUCGGCGCUCAUGGAGCAAAUCGAUACUCACUUCGCUGGUCGUUACAAGUGGUUUUAUUUUCGUCCCGGGAAGAACAGCCAGAAGCAUCCACGAUAUUCACGAGCUUAUAUUGAUUUCAAGCAGCCAGAAGAUGUAUUUGAGUUCGCCGAGUUCUUUAAUGGACAUGUCUUUGUUAAUGAGAAGGGCACUCAGUUUAAAGUCAUAGUAGAAUAUGCACCUUCACAACGUGUUCCAAAGCUUUGGUCUAAAAAAGAUGGUCGUGAAGGAACUCUGCCCAAAGAUCCUGAGUAUCUGGAGUUCCUUGAGCUUAUUUCAAAGCCUGUUGAGAAUCUUCCCAGUGCAGAGAUACAACUGGAAAGAAGAGAAGCAGAGCGAGCUGGUGCUCCAAAAGAGUCUUCCAUUGUUACUCCUCUGAUGGAUUAUGUUCGUCAGAAAAGAGCGGCUAAGAAUGGAUCUCAGAGGUCUUCAUCUAAUAAGCUUAGCAGAAGAUCAGGAGGAGCCUCACCUGGAAGUUCUAGUUCCUCUUCAACCAAAAGAGGUUCUGGGAAGAGAAGAAUCUCAGCUUCAGUGUAUGUUUUAAGGGACAGUGCAAAGAGCAGUAGUGGGAAGGACAAGUCCAAGUAUAUAUUAGUACCGAGGCAAGAAGAUCAACAGCUUGCUGAGAAAUCUGCUGCUUCUGCAGCUACUGCAACUGGAACUGAAGUAUUGGAAGAUGAAAGUGGUCUUGUGAAUGAUGGAGCUGGAUCAGGAGUGGGUGCUGAUAUUGGAAAGAAGAAGGUUAUCCUCCUGAAGGGGAAAGAACGGGAAAUUUCUCAGGUAAGUUCUCUGGGGUUAUCACAUCCACAAAUUGUAACAUCUCAAAUGAGAAACUCACCAAAGUCAAUGAUUUUCAAACAGAAUCUGACUGAGGCUAGUGGAAGGAUGAUCAAAAGCAUUCUUUCAAACAAGGAACCACGCCAGAGUCAAUUAUCAGCAACAUGCCAGUCUGACCAGCAAAUCCCGGUCUUGAAUUUAGAAAAGGACAAACGGCCACCUCAGCCCAUGAACAUGCGUUCGGUUUUGAAGGAUCACAUUUCUAGUAUUUCACUGACCCAGUGUAGUUCUGAUUGCGAUACAAAGAAGGCACUUGAUGGGAAUGAUCUGCUUGGGUUUGGUUCUGCCAAUGAGAAGCAAGAAAAGCGUACCAGAAAUAAGGAUAGACCUGAUCGUGGAAUUUGGGCGCCACUUCGUCGUUCAGAUGGAUCACAUGCAAGUGAUGAAUCCCUGUCAUCAUCCCUUUCUCUGCGUACACAGUUACUAUCAGAUUCUUUGGAUGGCAUGACUAUUACUCAAAAUGCGGGAGUUCGUAAAAUUGGGGAUGAUGUAGAGGAGUCAGAAUCUAGUAAUAAAUCAGCAUUCUCUGCUGGGAAACAUCGUAAUCAAGAUGUAUCUCUUCUAAGUUCCCGACUAGGACGUGGGGGUAAUUCAUCUGCCUAUGAUAUCGCAGCAAGUCACGGAGAAGUUAAAGUUGAUAUAACUUAUGCAGGCAGAUCUGAAGUUAAAAACCUUGGAAGUGGACGAAACAACUUUUCUUCUGUAGAGAAUGGAUCCCACAGACAUGCUGGUCGCCGUGGACCUGGACAUGCGGGAAAAGAUGUUGAUGGCUCUAUGCAUCUAACUGAGGGAAAGCCCUCCAAAAAAGGUGUUUCUGGCUAUGGUUCCCAUGAGAAGCAAGUAUGGGUUCAGAAGUCAGGUUCAGGUUCAUAGUUUUAUUCUUAAUUUGCUUUGUUCAAGAUUGCCACUUGAUUCGGGUGUCUGAGCUUUGUCUCAACUCAUUUUGCAGUAAAACGCUCUUUUUUACAUUGUUGGAGUAUGGAUUUGGCACAACUUCCAGGCUUCAAGGUCCAGCAUGGUUUGAAUUAAGGAGAAAGAGACAUUCUCUUGUGACUGGACAUAUGAUCGGCAUAAAGGCUGUCGCAAGUUAUGUGGGGGAAGUAUUUCCUUCUGAAAUAACCUGGAGGAUGUUCGGCUGACCACAGCUCGGUGGGUUGAGGAAGUUCCAAUCUGAAUACAGUGAUGAAGAUCAGGGAAUGAGUAGUUUUCAUAGUACAUAGCAUUACAUAUUUCAUUGAGGUCCGACAUAGUGGGACUGGUUCAGUAGAGGAACUAAUUUUCUCAUUGGGCAACACAAGCGAGAGCUGGCUUUAACUCAUCUCAGCUUCUGACUCAAAAUCGGGUCUGGAGGUGUUCUGGGUUUACCGGUGGAUUUGUUCUUUAUGUUGAACUGUAAAUAUAACUUUUGUCGGUGAGUGCCAGUUGACCCACUGUCUAUAGAUCUGCUGAGAAUCCAACAUAUAUAGUAGGUGAGUAGGUAGUUUUGCUAAAUAAGAGCUGUUUUGUAUGUGGGUUUAAUAUUGAAAGAAGAAACAGGGUAGCAGUUUGGUGCUGUCUUUCAGAGUUUGCAGCUUUGGUUGGCCGCUUGACUGACAAGAAUUUAUAGACAGAUUGGGUUAGUGGUGUGGUGCUGAUUGAGUUUUAUUCAGGGUGGGGCAUCAGUUGGUGUUGCUUUGUGUGGAGGAAAGGAAAUAUUGGUUUCUGGUAUGUAAUCUGUUCUCAGGUAUUGCUGCUGUAUAUUUUUCUCAGUAGGACCUGAAAGUGUCCUGAUAUUGUUAAA